GCCACCCACCCCCAACCCCCGUUAACGAACACCACCCUCCCGAGUCCCGAGUCCCGCCCCGCGCCCCCCGCGCGCGAUAGAGUCAGAGACACCCACGCCAACGCCAUGCGCCCGGGCGGCCUGCCGAGCCAGCCUGGCACGCCGGGGCGGUCGCGCCGGCGCCCGGAUCUCACCCUCCCCAUGCCGCAGCGAGAGGUCGCCACCUCCCUCGCCGUCCCUCUCCCGCUCCCGCCCCUGUCCUCCGCCCCCGCCUCCGCCGGGCUCACCCCACUGGCCGCUGCCACGGCAGCGGGCGGUCCUGUGCCCGCCGCAGCGCAGCCGCCCCCGCUCGCGGAGCUGGAGCGCGUCCGCCGAGUCGGCAGCGGGGCCGGUGGCACCGUGUGGAUGGUGCGCCACCGCCCCACAGGCCGCGCCUACGCGCUGAAGGUCCUCUACGGCAACCACGACGACACCGUGCGUCGCCAGAUCGCGCGCGAGAUCGCGAUCCUCCGCGCCGCCGACCACCCCGCCGUCGUCCGUUGCCACGGCAUGUACGAGCGCGGCGGGGAGCUCCAGAUCCUGCUCGAGUACAUGGACGGCGGGUCCCUCGACGGCCGCCGCAUCGCCGCCGAGCCCUUCCUCGCCGACGUGGCGCGCCAGGUGCUCGCGGGGAUCGCCUACCUCCACCGCCGCCACAUCGUGCACCGCGACAUCAAGCCAUCCAACCUCCUCAUCGACUCCGCGCGCCGCGUCAAGAUCGCCGACUUCGGCGUGGGGCGCAUCCUCAACCAGACCAUGGACCCCUGCAACUCCUCCGUCGGCACCAUCGCUUACAUGAGCCCCGAGCGGAUCAACACCGACCUCAAUGACGGCAACUACGACGGCUACGCGGGCGACAUCUGGAGCUUCGGACUCAGCAUUCUCGAGUUCUACCUGGGCAGGUUCCCCUUCGGGGAGAAUCUCGGCAAGCAGGGGGACUGGGCCGCGCUCAUGUUCGCCAUCUGCUACUCCGAUCCGCCUGAGCCGCCUUCCACCGCAUCGCUGGAGUUCCGGGGUUUCAUCAGCUGCUGCCUCCAGAAGAACCCGGCCAAGCGGCUCACGGCCGCGCAGCUGCUGCAGCACCCGUUUGUUGCCGGGCCGCUACCCGUCGCUGCUCCGCCGUCAUGACGACUGUUUGGAUUUGGAAGCUACUGUGGAUCUCAAUCCGGCCUUGGCUGCAGUGUCACCUCCAAUCUGGCAUCAUGUGCGUGGAUGGAACUGAGGUGUGAAGGGAAUUCAGUCAUCUUGGAAAACUCUUCCUAGCCAUUUUGGGUAUUAUGUCCAUCAUCAUCGUCCUCAUCCAUUGCCGCUGGUGUUGCCGUUUCUGCUGAUGCAAUUAAGGUCCCCUUUCGAAGUUCGUCCUCGCCAUUUCGGGUGUUCUAUCCAUCAUCAUCGUCCUCAACCAGCUCCACGCUGCGAUUAAGGUUCUUUCCCCUUCCCGUUCUUUGAUGUUCGUUACUUUCAGUGAUGAUAGCAUAACGGAAAAAGAUGUAUGUACAAAUGAUUUUGUAAAAGAUCAUAUGUCAAGCACAGACAGGUCCACUGCUUAGCCAAUUUUCAUUGUUCUAAAAGUUUGGGUUAGAAAUUUAAACUUCUUUUUUGUUCAUGUAGCAGAGCCUAUCACAUGAUAUGGCAAUUGUGCAAGCUUCUCUUUGUGAUAUUUUUGGUGUAAGUGGUGAUGAUUGAACAAAUGAUGGUGAUAAUUGUGUUCUGCUCCAACAACAGCUUGAUAGGUUCUUGGAUUCUUUUAUUGGGGUAUAUGAUUGCAUUGAGAGAAUCUUGAAUCAAACCAACUUUAUUUGCGUCUC